GACCACUGGGGAAGGUGCACAGAAGCAGGCUGUGAAAGGAGGGUACGCAGGAGCUGCCGGCUCCGGUGAGACAGCAGGAAGCUGGCUCUGGGAAGAGAUCCCUGGCACUACUUGGUCCCCUCCAUUCCCUGUUGCACAUAUCCUUGCCCCUGGACACUCCAGCAGCAUUUGGACCUCAGACUGGGCUGCUCGACAGUGGUGAGGAGAGAGGGAAGAGGGAAGACCGUCAGACUUGGAGCACAGGUGAGCACGCGCCAGCCCUGAUCAAGCUUCUCCAGCCCCACUGUGCCACGUACUCCUUGCCAGUGGACAGUGGCCUCUCACAGAAGUCCUAGAAGAAGUCUUUUUGCACAAUCCUCCUCAAUUUACUAAAGCAAGGUGAGCCAGAGCAUGCAGCAUACCGAGAGUGAGAUAGGCUGUAUCAUCCCACGGAUGAAACUGAGAAAUGAGGUGUUUGUCUUUAUUGAUGGUAAAUGGGUGAACGAGAUCUACUGUCAGCCACCCUUUGCCUCUCACCAGAAGCUCCUUAGCGAGAAGGCACAGAAUGAGUGGAGCAUCUGGGAGGAGAAUAGAGCACUCUGGGAGGAAAACCAAGUCCUCCGUAUCAAAAACAGGAUGCUCUGUGAAGAAAACAAGGCUCUACAAUGUCUCCAGUCACAGAACAAAGCUGUCCAGGUUAUUUACACUGAUGCCAUUCAGCAAGGCAGACAGAAGGAAAAUAAGCUGUUCCCAUUCUUCCAAGAGAGGAGUGUAGGCUCUUGGGUCAACCUGGGCAACAAAGCUCUCCAGGCAGUCCAGGAAAAGAAUAGAGUCUUAGAGGAUUUUCAGCAGGACAAUGAAGCAGUCCACAUCAGAUGGAAAGACCCAAAAGCUGUCAUAGUCAAUGAAGACAGCAAAGAUGCCAGCUCAAAUCUUCAGAAGGACACUGAUGCCAUCACAGCUAUGGAAGAAGUUAACCCUGGCCCAGUCCCACAGCAGGAACAUGAAGCUAAAAAGAGGAGCACCACUGCAACCCAGAAUAAGAUGAAGUCUGCCCCAAGUAUGCAGGGCGAGUAUGAAAUCCUCCGGGCUCUCCAAGACAUACAUGAACUCCUCUACACCUUCAUGGACCAUCUCCUUGGGGAGAAACAGGGCUGUCGUAGUCUAUAUGAUAUGAACAUGUCCUUCCAAGAAGAUUACAGUAAACUGAAGCUGCAGCUGAAUGCUAUGAAAAACACUGUGUCAGAUAUUACAGCUCAAAUGGAAAUGCUGGAAAAUGAGAUCAUUGCCAUCACUUCCUCAAUAUAUGGAGAAGCAGGACAGAAGCUGACAAAUGAGCAUCAUCUUGGAGAGAUGUGAAGCUUGCUACCAAGACCUGAUAUUUCGUUUCCCUGGAAAGCUUCCCUACUUGUUUCAGUGAACAUAAUAAGAUCCUGAUAGAGCCUGAAGACAUCUGGGAAACACUGUGUUGUUCUGAAACUUUCUUAUAUUACUUAGAAGUGUUUCACCUUCCAAUUAUAGAGUAUGAGUGGCUGUUAUGAAUUUGCCUAGUGCCAAGAAAACAUGUUUUUCAGCAUUUAAAACAAAAAUUUCUUACAAUAAGGCCUAUAUUUUCAAAAGAUAAUUCAUGCUUUUCACACUUAAUUUGAGGAACCUUAUGUUGGCCAUAUUUUCAGAGGGAUGGACACUUCUUGAAAAUGAAUAUCCUAACUGUGAGGUAAAUUGAAUCCUCAAUGGUCCCUUUCUUUCUUACGGUUGGCCAAGUUCAACGGCUGGACUAUGUCUUCUGCUACACACCAGCCUUUCCUUUCUCAUACAGGCUAAGCAGUGGCUCAUGGAAAAUGCAGCCUCCCAGAUAAGACAGGUCUGUACAAGACAACAUGACAUGGAAAACUAUACUAUUUAUGCCAUAUGUACACAUUCAUGCUGUCUCCUUUUUGCAGUCCCACAUUCCCACUGAAAUUAUUGUCUCUCUCCUUUGUUUAAAGCUCUUCCUCAGAAGAGAAUCCAUCUCCUGCCUCAGAGAGAACUGCAAAGCAAACAUUGCCCACCAGAACAGCAUGUCCCCUUCUGUCUUGGUUGUUUGUAAAUUACCUUCAUCGUUUUGUACCUUAAUUAGACUUAAUUACUCUCAAAUUGCUUUGUUUUGGUACACUUGAAUAAUCCUACUGACUUCAAGUGAGAUUAUUAUUUGCUGAUAAAUGACACUUUUAGGAUGCAGUGGAUAUGGGAAGGCUGCUUAGUAUCUUAUUUAUAACUCACUGCUGAAAGAGAAUUCCUGUGGUCUGUGGCGGUCUUUUCAGUACAGAUUUUCUUUGUGGCCAGUAAUUAAGCAUGCCUUUGUCUGCAAAUAAUCACAUGUAGUCGUGGACCUAACAGCUCUGUAGCCUGAAGGAGCAUUGAUGUUUCUCUGGAGACAUUCAAAACCCACCUGGAUGAGUUCCUGUGUGACCUACUCUAGGGGAUCCUGCUCUGGCAGGGGAGUUGGACCAGAUGAUCUCUAAAGGUUCCUUCAAACCCUUACGAUUCUGUG